ACGCGGCACUGCCACGCAGCAGCAACAACGAACAACUAAACGACGGUGCCCACUGCCCGCUGCGGGACUCGGCGAGCCUUGGGAACCGUUGUCUAUCUCCAUCCUUCCCUUGGAGAUCUGCAACUUGACAUUUUCAACAUUUCGGCAGCGACUACGACGCUCCAUCUUGAGGGUCACGAUUUCUGUUCUUCAAAUACGGCAAAUAUUAGGUUUAACAAGCGACUCGGUGUAUUGCUAGGAAGUGGCAGUUUAAGCGGGACGCGGAGUUCUUGACUCAGAAGGACGGCACAGCAGACAUCAUGGCUGGAGGAUCCGCGACGGCCGCACAGCAAGGCGGGGCGCACGGUCAGGGCGCGGCCACAUCGAGCGUGGACCCGGAUGUCGUGAACGAGAUGCUCGGGCACUACCUCUUCGUCGUUCUGGGCGCCAUUUCGGUGGUGCUGGCCGCCUGGCGGCUCACCACGCUCCUGGUCCGCUACGUCCGGACCGUGGCGUGCCUCUACAACGACACGCAGCGCUACUUCGCCCAAGCGUCCGACGAGCUCUCGUGGUUCAAGCGCAACGUGCUCUACGCACCCAUCCUCCGCAAGCGGCACAACCGCGAGUUCCAGCUCAGCUCGGCACUCAACGUCGGCACGCUGCCCACCCGCCUGCAGCUUGUCUUCUUGCUCGGCUACUUCGCGACCAACGUGGCUUUCUGCGUCAUCACCAUCGACUUCUCGGGCCCGUUCACCCAGGUUGCCGCUCUCGUGCGGAACCGGACCGGCGUGCUUGCCACGGUCAACAUGAUCCCUCUUUUCCUGAUGGCCGGCAGGAACAAUCCCCUGAUUCCCCUCCUCGGCAUCUCCUUUGACACGUUCAACCUGCUUCACCGCUGGCUGGGCCGGAUCGUAAUCCUGGAGGCGCUCGCCCACACCCUGGCGUUCCUCAUCGGCGACGCGUCGACCGCCGGCUGGAACGCCGCCUUCCAAACCGUCUUCAGGGUCCAAUACAUGAUGUGGGGAUUCAUUGCAACGUGCGCGAUGGUGGUCAUCGGCAUCCAGGCCGCGAGCAUCUUCCGCCACGCCUACUACGAGACCUUCAAGCUGGCCCACAUCGCGCUGGCGAUCGUUGCCGUCCUCGGCCUGUGGUACCACCUCGAACUCAAGCGGCUGCCCCAGCUGCGGUACGUCUACGCGGUGGUGGCGCUGUGGGUCUUCGACCGCGCCGCGCGCCUGCUGCGCCUCGGCUACCGCAACCUCGGCGCGGGCGGCACCAAGACGCUCGUCGAGGCGCUGCCCGGCGGCGCCUGCCGCGUGACGGUCACCAUGGCGCGCCCGUGGGACUUCAAGCCCGGCCAGCACGCCUACCUGUACAUGCCGACGAUCGGCUACUGGCAGUCGCACCCGUUCACGGUCGCCUGGAGCGACGAGGCUGACCAGCCGGACGGCGAGAAGCUGCCGAUGGACCGGCAGGACGUGCUGGCCAAGCGCAAGACGACCGUCUCCUUCAUCAUCCGCGGCCGCACCGGCUUCACGGGCGCGCUGUACAGCCGCGCGGCGGCGCGCCCGGACGGCCGGAUGGUGACGCGCUGCCUGGUCGAGGGACCCUACCGCGGCUCCAGCCGGCUGCGCUCGUACGGCACGGUGAUGCUGUUCGCGGGCGGCGUGGGCAUCACGCAGGCGGUGCCGCACGUGCGCGACCUGGUGGCCGGCUUCGGCAACGGCACGGUGGCGACGCGCAAGGUCGUGCUGGUCUGGACGAUCCAGAGCCCCGAGCACCUCGAGUGGAUCCGGCCCUGGAUGACCGAGGUGCUGGCCAUGGAGAGGCGCCGCGAGGUCCUGCGCGUCCUGCUCUUCGUCAGCCGCCCGCGCUCCACCAAGGAGAUCCACAGCCCCAGCGCGACCGUGCAGAUGUUCCCCGGCCGCCCCAACAUCGACAUGCUGCUGGGCAUGGAGAUGGAGAGCCAGGUCGGCGCCAUGGCCGUCUCGGUGUGCGGGCCCGGCGCGCUGAGCGACGAGGUGCGCCGCGCCGUGCGGGUCAGGCAGUACCAGGGCAACGUGGACUUUGUGGAGGAGGCCUUCUCCUGGUAGAGGGGAGAGGAGGGGAGGGGAGGGAAAGAGAGA